AUCGGCCAAAAAAACACUGAACUUUGCGGAAAUUGCCAAAAAAAACCUGUACUCGAACCUGACCAAUAAAACCCUGAUCUUUUGUUGACUUUUUUAGUUAAUUCACAAACUUACGGUUGACUAACCAGAUUAACACACCGUUAACCGACAGUUAAGACAGUGUUAACUCACCGUUAAUUAUUGCCGUGUAGUGAAACUACGUCGUUUCAUUCAGUUGUUUUGUUAAACACAAAAUCUCAAGACGACGUCGUUUUGCUUAAUUAAAAUUGUUGUUGCCUGGACUCGAACCCGUGCACUCGUGGUCCUAAGGGGGUUUUGCCACUGAGCUAGUGGACUUUUCGGAAGAUUAUCACACAUGUUUAUUUUUAUUGAUCAAAAGAUGUGUUUAAUUUCAAUCAAACAAAAUGAAACCCGUGUUUGAACGUAACCCUAAUUUCUCAAAUCGAUUUGGGGAUUUCUCUUGUAAUGGUGAGGAGAUGGUAAAUACGAAGUUCACAAGGAAUGGAAGGGAGGUAAUGAUUUUCGGAGCGAUGAGGAAUUUCGAUUACGGGAGUGACGAAGCGGUUCAAGAGUCGAAAAAGGGUGGAGAACGCGAUGCUUCUGUGAGUUUGUCAUCGCCGGAGAGAUCGAGGAUUCGUAAAAGCAUUGAAGGGAUAUCGAUGUUGGCAUCUACAGAGGUGUCGAAGGCGUCGAAGACAAGGCGGGGAACUUCAUAUGGGUCGCCUGCGUCAUCUCCGGAGAAGACCACGAGGAGGGGAACUUCAUAUGGGUCGCCAUCUCCGGUGAAGGCCACGAGGCGUGGUUCAACUCUGUCUCCUAGAGUUUCGAAGAAGCAGAAGGUAAAUGUGGCUCCUUCUGGUGAUGACAGAGAAGAAUGGCCAGAGACUGAGAUGUUGGCAUUAACAGUUGCGAAGAAGAUAAGGCGGGGAACUUCAUAUGGCGGGUCGCCUGUGUCUCCUAGACAAUCGAAGAAGCAGAAGGUAAACUCGGAGAGGAGUCUAGGUGAUGAUGGUGAUGACAGAGAAGAAUUUCUCCAGAUUGAGGAAUUUGGGGAUAUAGGUGAUGAUGGUAGGGAAGAUGAGAACGGUAUUGCUGGCAUUGAGGAAGUUGGUUGUACAGAUUUGAGUCUUUAUUUUGGUGAUAAAGCCAAAAAUGAUGACUGUGAGGUUGAUGAAGACGAAGGCGAUGAUGAUGCAUGGGAUGAUGAUAAAAUCCCUGAUCCUCUGUCAUCAGAUGAUGAGAAUGAAGAGGAGAUGAGACCUGCGCAAGCUUACAGAGAAAACACUGAUCCAGAGGAGCUCCUUCAGCUAGGCAAGACAUUUUCAGAUGCUGAGGACUUCAAACAUGCUUGUCUGAGGUAUACCCUGAAAACCAGAUACAACAUCAAGUACUACAGAUCCAGUAGCUUGAAGAUGGGUGCAAAAUGUGCCGCUGAGAUGAGAGAUGAUGAGGCUCCUUGUCCCUGGAUGGUUUAUUGUUCGUAUGAUAGGAGGAAACAGAAGUUGAUGGUAAAGACAUACGUCAAUGACCAUAAGUGUGAGAGGACAGGGUUUUCCAAGAUACUUAAGAGGUCAGCAAUUGCAAGUCUAUUUGCUGAGAGGUUAAGGCUGAAUCCUAAGCUCACGGCAAAGGAGAUACAGGCUGAGAUAUUGAGGGAGUAUAAGAUGGAAGUUUUAGAAAACUCAUGCAUUAAGGCCAAGACGAAGGUGAUGAAAGAAAGGAGGAAGACCCAUGAGGAGCAUUUUGAUAAAAUCUGGGAUUACCAAGCAGAGAUAUUGAGGAGCAAUCCUGGAUCAACCAUGGAAAUUGAGACCAUACCAGGAGCCACGGUUGGAAGCAAGCAGCGGUUCUACAGACUCUACAUGUGUUUCCAAGCACAAAAGGAAGCAUGGAAGAAGACUUGUAGGCCUGUUAUUGGCUUAGAUGGAGCCUUUUUGAAAUGGGACAUCAAGGGACAGUUGUUGGCUGCGGUUGGAAGAGAUGGAGACAAUAGGAUUGUCCCUAUUGCUUGGGCUGUAGUGGAGAUAGAGAAUGAUACAAACUGGGAUUGGUUUGUGAAGCGUUUGGCCUUGGAUUUGGGAUUGGAAAAUGGGAACGGCUUUGUUAUAAUGUCUGACAAACAAAAGGGAUUAGUGAAGGCAGUUCAUACCCUCCUUCCAGAAGCUGAGCAUAGACAGUGUUGUCGCCAUAUCUACGAGAACUGGAGGAAAGGUGGAAAAGAUCUAAGGUUACAGAGGUUCUUCUGGUUCAUUGCAAGGAGCUACACUCCUGGUAUGUUCAACUACAACAUGGACGAGCUUAAGAACUAUGAUCCUGGCGCACAUGCAUCUCUGAUAAAGACAAAGCCAGAGACUUGGUCUAGAGCUUUCUUCAAGAUAGGCUCCUACUGCAAUGAUAAUCUGAACAACUUGUGUGAGUCCUUCAACAAGACCAUCAGGGAGCCUAGGAAGAAACCUCUGCUAGACAUGUUAGAGGAGAUAAGGCGCCAAUGUAUGACUAGGAACUACAAUAGGUCUAAGAUGGCUAAGGACAUGAAGACUAGGUUCACCCCGAAGACACAUAAAGAGUUAGACAGGGUUGAGAAGAAGUCAAAAGAAUGUAGUCUGCGUUGGGCAAUUGGGCCAGAGACUGAGGUGGAAGAUAGAGACCAGUCAUAUGUGGUGAAUUUGGAGAAUGAGACUUGUGCAUGUCGAAGCUGGCAAAUGAAUGGUAUUCCAUGCAUCCAUGCUGCUAAGGUCAUCCUUGGCGUGGGAAGAAAACUCUCUGAAUUUGUUGCUCCUUUCUACACAACCUCUAAGUGGCGUGAAACCUACAGUUUUGGGAUCAGACCUGUAAAUGGGAUGAUAGAGUGGCCUCGGACCAAUAGAUUAGGUGUGAUUCCACCACCUAAUCGAAAUGGCAAGCCUGGUAGGCCUAAAAACCAUGAUCGAAAGAAGGGAACCAAUGAGACAGUGUCUACUACCAAGCUGAGUCGUGCGAACAGGGUAAUGACAUGCUCUAAUUGCAAAGAAGAAGGGCACUACAAGAAUACAUGUCGGAAGGCUUUUGUUGAGAGCCCACCUAAGAAACCAAGAGGCAGACCAAGGAAAUAUCAGGGACUACACUUUGGCGAGUCACAAGCUCAAUCCUCAGAAGCUCAAACCUCACAAAAUCAAUCCUCACAAGCUCAAGCAUCACCAUGGGAAGUUCCUCAAUCUUCAGAAGGUCAAUCCUCACAAGCUGAAGCAUCACAGACAGCAUCGUGGGGAAGAUGGUUUUUUUAGAUGCUUGUGUGUUGUUUAUGAUGGUCUCUGUCUGAAUGCUUUCGUUGUCUGUUGUUUAUGAUGAUGUCUCUGUCUGAAUGCUUUUGGAACAAGAACUACCUUUUUCUUUCUUCUCUUCCUGCUGUUUUAAUUUGAAACUCUCAAUGAAGAUAGUGUUGGUUAUUAUC